AUGAAUUUAUUGCUCACUUCCGCGAUACUGCUAUUCGGUUGCCUAAUUCCAGGCGUAGAAGUGAAAAGCUACAAAGCAACAACAAAUCGAAGCAGUGGAAUCACCAUAGGGGGCAGCAGCAGCAGCAGCAGCAGCAGUAGCAGUAACAGCGAAAGUGGUCGCGGGGGUAGUAGUGGCGGUGGUUCCGGGUUGGGUAGGUCCCGUAAUAAGCUGCAGUUAAAUGUUGGUCUACUGGUACCGCACACCAAUUUCGGGCGUCGAGAUUAUCUUCGCUCGAUCAGUACUGCAGUGCAAGGUUUACAGAAGUUGCGUGGACAGAAGUUGACCUUUCUGAAGGAUCAUGAUUUUCAAACAACCAACAUACACUUUGACAUGAUGUCGCUCACGCCUAGCCCUACAGCGAUUCUCAACACAUUGUGUAAAGAAUUUCUGCACGCGAAUGUAUCCGCUAUUCUGUACAUGAUGAACUACGAAUCUUACGGUCGCAGCACUGCGUCGGCUCAAUACUUUCUCCAGCUAGCCGGAUAUCUAGGCAUUCCUGUAAUAUCUUGGAAUGCCGACAAUUCCGGUUUGGAGCGGCGAGCAUCGCAGUCUACGCUGCAGUUGCAGCUUGCACCUAGCAUCGAACAUCAGAGUGCCGCCAUGCUGAGCAUCCUGGAACGCUAUAAAUGGCACCAGUUUUCGGUGGUAACAUCGCAGAUCGCCGGCCACGACGAUUUCGUGCAAGCAGUCCGUGAGCAGGUUGCUGCAAUGGACCACUUCAAGUUUACCAUCCUCAACUCGAUCAUCGUAUCCCGUCCGAUUAACCUGGUCGAGCUGGUCAACAGCGAGGCCCGGGUGAUGCUGCUGUACUGCACCAAAGACGAAGCCGUCGACAUCCUAAAGGCGGCCGAAGAGCUGCACAUUACCGGUGAAAACUACGUAUGGGUCGUCACGCAAAGUGUGAUCGAGAACAUGCAGGCACCGACGCAAUUCCCGGUUGGCAUGCUCGGGGUGCAUUUUGAUACGUCUUCCAGUGCGCUGCUGAAUGAGAUUUCUAAUGCGAUCCGAGUGUACGCGUACGGCGUAGAGUACUAUCUAAGGGAACCGAAAAACUUCGGUCGAGGGCUCGACACGCAUCAGCUGUCCUGCGAGGACGAAGGUCGUGGUCGCUGGGACAAUGGGGAGGUAUUUUUUAAAUAUCUGAGGAACGUGUCACUGGAAGGUGAGCCGAAUAGACCAAACAUUGAAUUUACUACAGAUGGUGACCUAAAAUGGGCAGAGCUAAAGAUUAUGAAUCUACGGCCUAGUGUUAAUAGCAAAGGGUUGGUUUGGGAGGAAAUUGGUAUGUGGAAAUCGUGGCAACAACAAAAGUUGGACAUCAGGGAUAUUGCUUGGCCGGGCGACUCGCAUUCUCCCCCACAAGGGGUACCUGAAAAGUUCCACCUGAAAAUUACAUUCUUGGAAGAAGCGCCGUACAUCAAUCUUUCCCCAGCAGAUCCAAUUAGCGGAAAAUGUCUAAUGGAUCGUGGUGUAUUGUGCCGAGUUGCAGCAGAUCACGAAAUGACAGACAUCGAUAUGGGACAGGCGCACAAGAAUGGCUCAUUUUAUCAAUGUUGUAGCGGAUUUUGUAUUGAUCUGCUGGAGAAAUUUGCCGAAGAAUUGGGAUUCACAUAUGAGUUAGUACGAGUGGAAGACGGGAAGUGGGGGACGCUGGAGAAUGGCAAGUGGAACGGAUUGAUUCACGAGUUGGUAAAUAGGAAGACUGAUAUGGUUUUGACAUCUCUCAUGAUCAACGCUGAGCGGGAAGCUGUAGUGGACUUUAGCGAACCUUUUAUGGAGACUGGAAUUGCUAUUGUAGUUGCUAAACGAACUGGAAUUAUCUCGCCAACAGCUUUCCUGGAACCGUUCGAUACUGCAUCUUGGAUGUUAGUAGGAAUCUUUGCGAUUCAAGCAGCCACUUUUAUGAUAUUUUUGUUUGAAUGGUUAUCGCCUAGUGGAUAUGAUAUGAAGACUGUCCUGCAAAACGCUAAUAAUACUCCGUACCGUUUUUCGUUGUUCCGAACCUAUUGGUUAGUGUGGGCCGUCCUGUUUCAAGCGGCAGUACACGUCGAUUCGCCGCGAGGAUUUACCUCCCGUUUCAUGACCAAUGUAUGGGCUAUGUUCGCUGUAGUAUUCCUUGCUAUUUACACUGCCAAUCUCGCCGCGUUCAUGAUAACCAGAGAAGAAUUCCACGAGUUUACCGGCCUGGAUGACACACGACUGUCGCAUCCAUUUUCCCACAAACCAACUAUCAAAUUCGGCACGAUUCCCUGGAGUCAUACCGAUUCGACUAUAUCGAAGUACUUCAAGGAAAUGCAUUACUACAUGAGGCAAUACAAUAAGACCAGUGUAGCGGAUGGCGUUUCGGCAGUUCUGAACGGAAAUAUGGAUGCAUUCAUCUACGACGGAACAGUGCUAGAUUAUCUAGUUCAGCAGGAUGAAGACUGUCGUUUGUUGACUGUGGGACAAUGGUACGCCAUGACCGGCUAUGGCUUAGCCUUCAGCCGUAAUUCAAAAUAUGUUGAAAUGUUUAACAAGCGGCUUCUGGAAUUUCGAGCCAACGGAGACCUAGAACGGCUUCGACGGUACUGGAUGACCGGAACUUGCCGUCCGGGCAAGCAAGAACACAAAUCCUCGGAUCCUCUUGCGUUGGAGCAAUUCUUGUCCGCUUUCUUGCUGUUGAUGGCUGGAAUCUUACUUGCCGCAUUACUUUUGCUGUUGGAACAUUUGUAUUUCAAAUACUUCCGUAAACGUUUGGCGAAAAAAGACCGCGGAGGCUGCUGUGCCCUCAUUUCCCUAUCUAUGGGUAAGUCUCUGACCUUCAGAGGAGCGGUUUUCGAAGCGACUGAACUGCUUCGGCAUCAUCGCUGCAACGAUCCAAUUUGCGAUACGCAUUUGUGGAAAGUGAAACAUGAACUGGACAUGACUCGCCUGCGUAACUCCCAGCUUGAGAAAGCCAUGGAUUCACAUGGUAUUAAACCUCCACAAAUAAGGAUAGCGUCCACCAACGACAUCAUCGGCACGGGCCGCCGGGAAAACAUGCACCAACGUCCGAACAUAUUGGGUAAUUUAAGUCUCGGCGGUAGCGCACAAGAUCUGUACCGCUGGUCGUACAAGACCGAGAUUGCCGAAAUGGAAACCGUUCUGUAA